AAGUACAGAUACCAAAUUCCCUGAUGGAUGCUUGUUUGUAACUAUUCUAAUAGGCUGUUGUGACCUCUGUACAGAGAUUUGUCUUUUAUGGGGAAACUGCCACUGCUAAAUAAAAACAAUACCCUUAUCAGCAUUUAUAUGGAAAGAGCAUUAUCAGCACAAUCACAAUAAACGGUGGGCCUUACUGGUGUAAGGUCAUGUUAUGAAACAGAGAGGCUUUGUGCAUUGUUAUAAAUUCAGUGAGAUCAUUUAGUUGAGUACCUGCAGAGAUGCUGGAGACAACUUUUCUGCUCUCUUUGAGUCUGCUUAGCCUUCACGGUUGCCAUGGAAAAGAGGAUAUCCCACAGGAGUUCAUGCUUCUUGCUGGCCCCUUGACCCAUAGCUUAGUGAAGAACUUGAACCUCAGUCCCUCUGCAAUCCAGACAUUCCCAUCAGAGGCGGCUCAUGAUGUCUUUGACUGCAGAGACGCACUGCCCCCACAGAUCAGAGACCACUUCCAGUACCUUCAGAGCCGGGGGGUGACACACUUUAAGGUGCCUCUCUCCUGGUCUCACAUCCUCCCCACAGGAGACCCCAGCCAGCCCCAUCAGGACACCGUGGGGUGCUACAGGACCCUUCUGGAGCAGCUGACUGAAUCAGGCCUGCAGCCUCUGGUGGUCCUACACCGCUCAACUGUACCAGAGGGCCUCAGAACCACACUUGGGGACUGGGAGAGUCCUGAGCUGCCAAAGGUCUUUGAGCGUUAUGCAGAAUUUGUGUUCUCAGAGUUUGGAGAUCUGGUCAAGUCCUGGAUCACAUUCAGUCAUCUAGAUGAGCUGAGGGAUGAUAGACAAAAGGCCUCUGGCCUUCACCGUGCCCUCCACGCUCACGACAGGGUGUAUCAACUCUAUCAUCGUACGAUCUCUGGAAAAGGUGGCCAGGUGUCAUUUGGAGUGAGGGCAGAAUUUCAUCACAGCCGAAGCACAAACAUAAGAAAUGUGGACUUUCUGACAGUGCUGAUUGAAUAUGACUGCUCUUUACAAACAAGUCUUGAAGAAGAACUGAGACAUGUCCAAAGCAUGGAGAAACCAGGAGAUAAACUACCAAUUCUCAUGUACGACAUGAAAGUGAAGAACUGUGCCUACAAGGACAACAACCAUUACCUGCCAAUUUCAACAGUGCUGAAAGCACUGAAAAACGAAGACCUUCAAAUAUUGGGAUGUGAUAUUAAAGAUAUUUUGGGGCGAAUAGGAGAUAUCUACUCUCGUUCUCCAGAGUCUAAGAAUGCAGAAUCGCUGGUAAACAACAAGGUAUCAAUGUCUUCUUAUGAGAAUGUCUGGAUGAAUUUUAGCUCUCAGUCCCCAUCUGAGCGUGAUGACUUCCUGAUUGGAUCAUUUCCUGAGGGCUUUCAGUGGGCCGUCUCCAGUGAGUCUUUUAAAGUGGAGGGGGGCUGGUCUGAACAUGGCAAAGGGGAGACAAUAUGGGACCGUUUUGGACACCAGGGUAAUGUGUUUGAUAACCAGACCGCUGAUUUGGCUUGUGACAGCUACAACAAGGUGGACUAUGAUGUGUACCUGCUCAGAGGUCUUCUCACCAACACCUAUCAGUUUUCUAUCUCUUGGGCCCGAAUCUUCCCUACUGGCCACAGGGGGAGCCUGUCAGAGAAAGGAGCCCUUUAUUAUGACAAACUGAUCAACACUCUCCUCCAGUCAGGCAUAGAGCCUGUUGUCACCCUUUAUCACUGGGACCUUCCUCAGGCCUUACAGGACAAUGGAGGCUGGACGAAACCCACGAUUGUGGAGGCAUUCAAAGACUUUGCUGACUUCUGCUUCUCCAGAUUUGGAGACAGAGUAAAGACCUGGAACACCUUCAGCAGUCCUUGGGUUGUGAGCCACUCUGGGUAUGGCACUGGUGAGCAUGCACCAGGAGUCAUGGACCCAGUUGUUGCAUCUUAUGAGGUGACCCACAACAUCCUUAAAUCCCAUGCUGAGGCCUGGCAUGUCUACAGUGAUAGGUACAGGAAGCAGCAGGGUGGGAGAGUAGGCAUAGCUCUGAACUCAGACUGGGCAGAACCUCUGAACGCCUCCAGUCCUCAGGACCUUGAGGCAGCUGAGCGCUACAUGAACUUCAUGCUGGGCUGGUUUGCACACCCCAUAUUUGUGGAUGGAGACUAUCCAGCUAAACUCAAGAGUCAGAUUGAGCAGAAAAGGCAAGAAUGUCAGCCUGCUGAGGUAGCGAGACUCCCUGUGUUCACAGAAGCUGAGAGACAGCGGAUCAAAGGAACUGCUGAUUUCUUUGGGCUCAACCAUUACACCUCCCGCCUUAUAAAUGAGAGUAGGGGAAGCUGUGUUCCAGGACCUCAUGGUGUUGGAGACUUCCAGUCUCAUGUUGACCCCAACUGGCCAACCAUAGACUCCGACUGGAUUCACCCAGUGCCGUGGGGACUUCGCCGUCUGCUCAACUACAUCUCAUUACAGUACACAUCUGUCACCAAAGUGCCGAUAUACAUUACUGGAAAUGGGAUGCCAACCUAUUACAAUGGUGAAUACUUCAAUGACACCGAACGCGUAAACUUCCUGAAGAGUUAUAUAAAUGAGGCAAUGAAAGCUAUCAUUGUUGAUGGAGUCGACGUGCAGAGGUACACUGUUCAGUCACUAAUGGACGGUUUUGAGGGUCCACAAGGCUAUAGCCAAAGGUUUGGCUUGCAUUAUGUUAACUUUGAAGACAUGAACAGACCCCGAACCCCCAAAGCAUCUGCAUACUUCUACUCCCAUGUAGUUAAAAUGAAUGGCUUUGAAAAUCUUCAGUCAAGAUCAGUCUCGUAUUUUCCAAAGUCAAUGACAACAAAGCGCCCAAGUCUGUCCCCAUCAGAGGUCCCCUCCAGAUCCAAAGUGGUUUGGGAAAACUUUUCACAUCAAACAAAGUUCCAAAGGAAACUUUACCACUACGGAACCUUCCCCGAUGGAUUCCAGUGGGGCGUCUCAUCUUCAGCCUAUCAGAUCGAAGGUGCGUGGAACACAGAUGGAAAAGGACCAAGUGUGUGGGAUACAUUCACUCAAAAGCCUGGGAGCAUCCCAAACAACGAUACCGGUGAUAUUGCGUGUGACAGUUACAAUAAGGUGGAAGAGGAUCUCUACAUGCUAAGGGCUCUGAGAGUGAAGUCAUAUAGAUUUUCUUUGUCUUGGUCAAGAAUAUUUUCAAAUGGUAGCGAUACCUCUGUGAAUCAGAAGGGAGUAGACUAUUAUAACAGGCUCAUCAAUGGUCUCCUUACCCAUAACAUCAGUCCAAUGGUGACUCUCUACCAGUGGGACCUUCCUCAGGCUCUACAGGAGAUUGGUGGAUGGGACAAUGUCAACAUGAUUGACAUGUUCAACGACUUUUGUGACUUCUGCUUUUCCACCUUUGGGGAUAGAGUCAAGUUCUGGAUCACAUUCAACCAACCUUAUACUAUUGCAUGGUCUGGUUAUGGACUGGGUCAGGUUCCUCCCAAUGUUAAAAGUCCAGGAGACGCCCCUUACAGAAUUGCACACAAUCUCCUUAAAGCCCACGCGAAAGUAUAUCACACCUAUAGUGACAAAUACAGGGAAACCCAAGGAGGACUGGUGUCUAUUAGCUUGAAUGCUGAUUGGGUUGAGCCAAAAGACCCCAACGUACCUCGAGAGAUAGCUGCUGCUGACCGUGCUCUCCAGUUCCAACUGGGCUGGUUCGCCCAUCCCAUCUUUAGAAAUGGUGACUAUCCUGAUGCCAUGAAGUGGCAAGUUGGCAACAAAAGUGACCUUCAGGGUCUAGCAAUGUCCAGACUACCAACUUUCACUGAUCAGGAGAAGGCAUACAUUCAAGGGACUGCUGAUGUCUUUUGUAUUAACUCCUACACCACAAAAAGUGUACGACAUGUGACUACAAGGCUCACUCCUUCAUCCUACGAAACUGAUCAAGACCUUGGUAAAGAGGAAGAGACAAGUUCUCCAACCACUGUUAUCAGAGAGCAAAGGGCUGUGUCAUGGGGCCUGAGAAGACUUCUCAACUGGAUCAAAGAGGAAUAUGGAGAUCCAGAUAUCUACAUCACAGAAAACGGAAUUGCUUCAGAUCCUGGAACAACAGUAGAUGAUACUGAUAGAAUGUUCUUUUUCAAAAUGUACAUUGAUGAGGCUCUGAAAGCACACAAUCUGGAUGGAGUGCGUUUGAAGGGCUACUCUGUCAAUUCUCUCAUGGACUCGUUUGAGUGGCUCAGUGGUUACCAGCUGGGAUUUGGGCUUCAUCAUGUUGACUUCCAAAACCCCUUACGUCCAAGAACACCCAAACGAUCCGCUCACUACUAUUACCAAAUAAUUAUGGAAAAUGGAUUCCCUGAAACCGAAGUGGAGAAAAUGUUAUAUGGGUAUUUCCAAGAUGGUUUUGCCUGGAGCACAGCCACAGCUUCCUACCAGACAGAAGGGGGCUGGAGAGCAGAUGGAAAAGGUCUCAGCAUAUGGGACCAGUUUUCUCAUGUUCCUGGAAAGAUAGCGAAUGAUGACAAUGGAGACACCGCUUGCAACAGCUAUAACAAGUUCAUGGAGGAUGUCUCUAUGCUCAAGAGUUUAGAAGUUGGCCAUUAUCGCCUUUCCAUAUCCUGGCCCAGGGUACUGCCCGACGGUACCACUAAGACCAUCAAUGAGGCUGGGCUCAACUUCUAUCACCGUCUGAUUGAUGCCCUGCUGGCUGCUAAUAUACAACCUCAGGUGACCCUUUACCACUGGGAUCUUCCCCAGGCUCUGCAGGACAAGGGGGGUUGGGAGAGCGACAGCAGUGUUCAGUGGUUCAAGGAGUACGCAGACUUCAUAUUCAGUCGCCUUGGAGACAAAGUGAAGUUCUGGAUCACCUUUAAUGAGCCAUACAUCGUGGCUAAUUUAGGAUAUGGCUACGGCAACUUUGCGCCUGGUAUUGGUGACAGACCAGGCACGGGGCCUUACAUCGUUGCUCAUAACAUAAUCAAGGCCCACGCUGAGGCCUGGCACCUGUACAAUGACAAAUACCGUUCCAAGCAAGGGGGAAUUAUCUCCAUAACACUCAAUUCUGACUGGGCAUACCCUCGCAACCCCGCCAAGCAAGAGGAUAAAGAUGCUGUCACUCGAUACCUACAAUUCUUCCUUGGAUGGUUUGCUCACCCUAUUUUCAAAGGUGACUACAGUGAGGUGAUGAAGAAAGGUGUUAGGGAGAGGAGCCUUGCAGGGGGCCUUCCCAAAUCCAGACUUCCAGAGUUUACACCUUCAGAAAUAGAAAGGAUCAACGGCACCCAUGACUACUUUGGACUGAACCACUACACAUCUGUCCUGGCCUUCAGCGUAGAUUUUGACAAAAAUGCACAGAACUACGAUGCAGACAGAGGGACAGCUGUGAUCUCUGACUGGUCCUGGCUAGAAUCUGGAUCUGUCUGGUUGAGGAUUACUCCAGACGGCUUCAGAAGGCUCCUGAAAUUCAUCAAGGAUGAGUAUGGGAACCCACCCAUAUAUGUCACAGAGAACGGCAUCUCCGAAAGUGGCCCUGUAGAUCUCAAUGAUACACACAGAAUCCACUAUUACGAGAAUUACCUCAACCAGGCAUUAAAAGCGUACCUGAUCGAUGGUGUAGACCUUCGUGGCUACACAGCUUGGUCUCUGAUGGAUAACUACGAGUGGGCUAUGGGCUAUCAGGAACGGUUUGGCCUCUUCUUUGUAAACCGCUCUGAUGCCUCCCUUCCACGCGUGCCAAAGGUGUCUACCAAACGCUACACCACCCUCAUCCGCUGCAAUGGAUUCCCUGACCCCUCUCAGGGUCCUCAUGAGUGUCUCUCCCUCCAGCCGGAAGGAACAACCCCCCCUUCUACCACUACCACCACCACCCCCACUCCAGUGCAGUCUCCAGUGGUGAGGUUUCUGGGCAUGGAGGUGUCACUUCCUGAUGCUGCAGUGGCUCUUAACAUUCUUUUCAGCUUCUCCAUUAUUGGUGCUGCAGCAGCAGCCUUCAUGACCUAUCAGUGUCUCAGGGCGACUAAGAGGUCAAAACAGCCUGCUGCUGAAAAUAUUAACCCUAGAACAGAUGAUAAAAUCACACCCCUCUAAGUGGUCCACAAACAAACAGGCCCAGAAAAUAUGUUAGCUCUUUUUAUCUUUUCCUCAGAACUUCUUCCAUCUCAUAAUGAAGACACUGUUCUUAAAUCUACAAAAUUGCCAAGGAAUCAUUGUAGUUGUGACAUAGUUCUCGCUGUCUUCUAUGAACUGUCCUUUAGGUGGCAGUGUAGGACAAUUGUAUACUUUCUCCACAGAGGUGGAAGUUGUGUAAAUGAGAUCAGAUUCAGACCCGUUUAUGUAAGUGCUGUAUUUGGAUUUUCCUGAGAAAAACUGAAACCAGAGAUAUACAAACCUAGAUUAGUUAAUGCACAAAGGAAGGAAGUGAGCGAUGGAUUAAUUCCUAUACAGAGAGCAUUCAAUUCGAUUUCAUUGAUGAGACUUGAUGCCAAAUGAUUCUGUGUUGUUUGUAAAAGUACAACCAAACUUUUCCAAACAAUUCAACUGUAUUUGUUCACAUCACAUUUCAGCUUAAACGUAAUCAGUCUUGUGUGGCCAUCUAUGGGAUCCUAACUGGUAACACCGAUCACGCUUGCAGAGCAAGUAUGUCUGCUUCACAGAGAAAAAUAGACAACCAAGGAUGAAUGUAAUUGCAUCAGCUUACACUGUAAAAUUAUACCUAUCAUCAGAAGCCUUUUUUUAUGCACAGAUUUGUGAAAUCUUCAUACCCAUCAAUUUGAACAACUAAUAAUAGGCAGACUCAAAUGUGCCAGCAAGAGAUUUAGCGAAGCAGACCGUGCAGCCAUGUGGAACUCCUGCUUGCCUUUGAACAGACUCGACCCUCUUUGGGCUCCGCCCUGAGGCUCGAACGCCGGUCUCCAUAGCAACCGCACUUUAAAGAGGAUGUUCACUUCAAUUAUCCACAGGUGGUUCUUCAACAUGAAUUCACAUCCGCCCUCCUGAGCGGUCCCUGUCAAUAACACACCGUUCGUUAGUUAAUACUUUGUUAAUAUAGUGUAUGAUGCCUAGUAUGAUGCAGUCGGCACAAGUUUAUUUAGAUUUGAGACAGGAAACCCCAGAAUGUUCAUUGGAUUAAUGUUUCUUGUAUAUUUCAGUUGUAAUUAAUGUAAAUAAUGUCCACAGGAUCGUGAUUUAUUUAGUUAUGUGAAUUCCAUAUUCUGUGUAAUCUUGAGGCUGGGGAACAGAUAACAGAAAGUUUCAAAUAUCGUGAGGAACGAUGUUUUAAAUAAACUAACAUUUUGCCUUGUA